AUGGACUCAGAAAUCCCAGAAGCCUUCCAGAAGGAGCUCACCUGCCUCGUCUGCCUGAAUUUCCUUCUAGACCCAGUCACCAUAGGCUGUGGGCACAGCUUCUGUAGGUCCUGUCUUUGUCUUUUCUGGGAACAAGCCGAAGCCCCUGCCAGUUGUCCAGUGUGCAGACAACGAUCAGAACAGACAAACCUCAAAACCUUUUUUUUUCUGAAGAAUCUGGUGUCCACUGUCAGAAAAGCCAAUCUCAGGCAAUCCCUGAAGUGUGAGGAACAGCUGUGUGGGACCCACAAGCAGACAAAGACAAUCUUCUGUGAAGCCGGCAAGAGCUUGCUCUGUUUGGUCUGCUCUCAAGGUCAGGAGCACAAGACUCACAGACAUAGUCCUGCUGAAGAGGCUGCUGAGGAAUCCUGGGAGAAGUUGGCAAACCAAAUGAGAUCUUUAUGGGAAAAGAUACAAGAUAUUGAAAGAAACCUCAAAAAAUAUGACGAACGAGCUGAUGCUUGGAUGUUUUACGUGAAUGGAUAUGGAGACAUGAUUAGGAAAACUUAUCAGAUGUUAACUCCAAUUCUUCAGGAGGGAGAAAAUUACUACAAAGGGUUUAUUACAAAAGAAGGCCAAAAGAUUUACAAGCAAAUCAGGAAGAGACAAAAGGAACUGAGUGGAAAGAAGACAGAUCUCAAAGUAAUAUACACAGAAUUCAAGAAAAUGUCCUAUAAACCAAAUGUGGAGCUGCACCAGAAAGGAACAACUUUUUUACUGCCAUUCAAUGUUUUGAUCUCCAAUUGGGCAAUGGGAGAAAUUUUAGAUACAUUCGUAACUUUUCACCUCCUGUUGGAAUAUCCCAGGGGUGAGUCAGCAAAGCUGCACGUGCCUCAGCCUCUGCUCCCAGAACUCCCUGCGCGACCCAUGGCCAGGCAGAUGGACUGGCUCCACCGCUUCCGGGGUGAGCGUCACCCCACCGUCAACUUUUCACUCAAUAAGGAAGUAAGCAGUCAGCACAUCAGGCUGUUCGAUGAUGCAAGACAUCUGAUGUAUGAACAUCCCAGCCUUCAUGCAUCUUUGGAUGGUGGAACAUCGAAGUAUUUUGCUGCAUGGGGAGCCCAGAGCUUCACCUCUGGCAAACAGUACUGGGAGAUGCUCGUGGACAGCUCUUGGGACUGGGCUGUAGGCGUCUGUAAGGAUUCCUGGAUAAGGAAGGACGACGGCAUACUGGACGAGUCCAACAGGGACAAGUUUCUCCUUCUGUGUGUGAAGCAGGAUGACCAUUACCAACUCUGGACCACCGCCCCGACCACGCCUCUGUACAUAGAGAGACCUCUGGACAGGGUUGGGGUGUUCCUUGAUUGUGACAGUGGGAGUAUUAGUUUUGUGGAUGUUACCAAGCACUCCCUCCUUUGGAGGUAUGAUGAUGGCAUGUUCACUUUCCCUGUCAGGCCCUUCAUCUGCACUGGCCACAGGUGA